AAAAUUCAGAGGUUCCUGUGAAUGGAAUGAAUACGAGAAUCCAUUGUAUUCCAUUUCAAUUCUGAAAAUAUGGUUGCGGAGGCAGACGUUUCCGGCAAAGAAGCCGCCGCCUUGAUAUUCACGUACGGAACAUUAAAAAGAAACUUCUCGAACCACCCCCUUCUCCAAGACCUAAUCCUGAAGGGCGACGCCUCUUUCAUCGGAACCUACCGCACGGUCCAAAAUUACCCUCUUGUAUGUGGCCCCUACCGAGUCCCCUUCCUUCUCAACAUUCCCGGGUCGGGUCAAUCUGUCCACGGAGAACUCUACUCCGUCUCUGCAGACGGGCUAUCCAGAAUGGACGAACUGGAAGGAACCUCGCGCGGUCACUACGAGCGUCUCCCUAUCAAGGUGGUUCCUGUUCCUUCCGGUGAGGAGGAGAUGGAGGCAAAGAUAACAUGCGCCGAGGCGUAUUACGCCCACGGGAGCUACGCGAUGGAGAUGUGGAACAAGAAUGGUAAACAAGGGUUCAAGUGUUAUACGGAGAAAGAAACUAUUGGCCUGUUUGCAGAUCAACCAGGGGCCUGUAAUUGUGUGAUUGGAACCAAGAUGGAAGCAAUGGCUCUCAGUCUCAGGUUUCAGAAAGGAGAUGAUUGCUGGAGUAACUACGACGAGCAGCAAUUAUCUGUCAGAGUUAAUUUUGCAGCAACUGCUUAGCUGUGGAGUGCUGGAUGCAGUUGUGGAUCCGUACUCAUAAUAAUCAAAGAGGAGCAGUGUUUUCUUACAGGCUGCAUUUUUUGUGUGCAUAUUUUGAUUUGAGAGACAUGAUCUUUAAGUUAGUUGUAAAUAACAUUGAUGUGACUUAUAUAUCAUAGUGAUCCUCAUGACAAAUUUGAUAUUGGACAUGUUUUAGCAAGCUUUGCAUAGCAGUGGCAUCUCUUUUAUAAAUGAACCAGUUUAUUUUCCAUCACUUUAUUAGCUUACUUCA